AUGGCCGGCGAAGAUGAUGGCAACACCACCAACGGGCGCCGGCGCCGCCGGACCCGGAGGUCCGCCGUGCGCCUCAGCAAGCUCUACAGCUACGCGUGCGGCCGACGGCCCAGCGUGGCCGACGACCACUCCGUGUCCAGGAUAGGAGGCCCAGGCUUCUCCAGGGUGGUCAUGGUCAACGCCGCCGCCGGUGAGCCUCCAGCAGCAGCUGACCUGCUGCAGCAUCAGCAGCAGAUCACCGCCACCACCAACUCCAUCUCCACCACCAAGUACAACCUCUUCACCUUCCUGCCCAAGUUCCUCUUCGAGCAGUUCCGCCGCGUUGCCAACAUCUACUUCCUCCUCUCCGCCGGCAUCGCCUACAGCCCCCUCGCCGCCUACAGCUCCUCCAGCGCCAUCGUGCCGCUCGUCAUCGUCCUCGUCGCCACCAUGAUCAAGGAGGCAAUCGAGGACUGGAGGAGGAACCAGCAGGACACGGAGGUGAACAACAGGACAACUCAGGUCUUCCAGCAGGGUGGGGAUGGGGAUGGGGAUGGGGAUGCUGCCUGGAGCUUCCGGGAUGCCAAAUGGAAGGACAUCCGCGUGGGCGACAUCGUCAAGGUUCACAAGGACGAAUUCUUCCCGGCUGACCUGGUCCUCCUCUCCUCCAGCUACGAGGACGCCAUCUGCUACGUCGAGACCAUGAACCUCGACGGCGAGACGAACCUCAAGCUCAAGCAGUCUCUGGAGGUCACCUCCACCACACUCCCGGAUGACGACAGCUUCCGCAGCUUUGCAGGCGCCGUCGUGAGGUGCGAGGACCCCAACGCGCACCUCUACACCUUCGUCGGGAACAUCGAGAUCGACGGCCAGCAGCACCCUCUGUCGCCGCAGCAGCUUCUGCUCAGAGACUCCAAGCUCCGCAACACCGACUUCGUGUACGGCGUCGUCGUCUUCACGGGCCACGACACCAAGGUGAUGCAGAACUCCAUGAAGGUCCCCUCCAAGCGGAGCAACGUGGAGAAGAAGAUGGACCGGGUCAUGUACCUCCUCCUCUUCUCGCUCAUCGUCAUCUCCGUCGUCAGCUCUGUCUUCUUCGGCAUUGCCACCGGAGACGACCUGCAAGACGGCAGGAUGAAGAGGUGGUACCUCAGGCCUGACGACACUGAGAUCUACUACGAUCCAAACAGGCCAGCGGUGGCAGCGCUGCUCCACUUCUUCACGGCCAUUAUGCUCUACGGCUACUUCAUCCCCAUCUCCUUGUACAUCUCCAUCGAGAUCGUCAAGCUGCUGCAGGCACUCUUCAUCAACAGUGACAUCCACAUGUACCAUCGCGAGACAGACACGCCAGCCCACGCGAGGACGUCCAACCUCAACGAGGAGCUGGGUCAGGUGGACACCAUCCUCACAGACAAAACCGGGACUCUCACCUGCAACUCCAUGGAGUUCAUCAAAUGCUCUAUCGCUGGAACCGCGUAUGGCCGUGGUAUCACAGAGGUCGAGAGAGCAAUGGCGAGGAGGAAAGGCGCCCCGGUGAUCGCCAACCCUGACAAUAUGGACAAGGGCAAUAAUAGUGGCAUUCAGCAGCAGCAGCAUUUCCUGUCGUCGUCUGACUCCGAGGGUAAUAAUAAUAAACCUGCAGUCAAGGGAUUCAAUUUCGUGGAUGAGCGUGUCAUGGGCGGCAACUGGGUUAACCAACCCCGCUCUGAUGUCAUCGAGAUGUUCUUCCGGCUGCUGGCAGUCUGUCACACGUGCAUACCUGAAGUCGAUCAAGAGUCGGGCAAAAUCUCAUACGAAGCAGAGUCUCCUGAUGAGGCGGCCUUUGUUGUUGCAGCAAGGGAACUCGGUUUCACGUUCUACAAACGCACUCAAACAGGCGUUUCUCUGCGUGAGUUAGAUCCCUCGUCUGGGAAACAAGUCGACAGGUCAUACAAGAUCUUGAAUGUCCUUGAGUUCAACAGCACGCGGAAGCGGAUGUCAGUAGUAGUUAAGAAUGAGGAGGGGAAAAUAUUUCUGUUUACUAAAGGAGCUGACAGUGUAAUGUUUGAAAGGCUAUCAGGUUCGGAGAGUGCAUACAGAGAAGUGACCCAACAGCACAUAAAUGAAUACGCUGAUGCUGGUUUGCGAACACUAGUUCUCGCGUACCGUGAGCUUAAGGAGGAUGAAUAUGCAUAUUUCGACAGGAAGUUCACAGCAGCUAAGAAUUCUGUCAGCACUGACAGAGAUGAAAAGAUCGAUGAGGCUGCAGAUUUGGUGGAGAGGGAUCUUAUCCUUCUUGGUGCUACUGCUGUUGAGGACAAACUACAAAAGGGGGUGCCUGAGUGCAUUGACAAACUUGCUCAAGCUGGCAUCAAGAUAUGGGUGCUAACAGGUGACAAGAUGGAGACUGCCAUCAACAUUGGAUACGCCUGUAGUCUAUUAAGGCAAGGGAUGAAGCAAAUAACAAUCACUCUGGAGACAGCAGAUAUCAUUGCGUUGGAGAAAGGCAGUGACAAGACUGCCUUAACCAAGGCAUCAAAAGAUAGCGUGGCACGUCAAAUAAACGAGGGAAAGAAGCUUGUAAAUGCAUCUUCUGGUGAAUCCUUCGCCUUGAUCAUUGAUGGGAAGUCUCUUACAUAUGCACUGGAGGACGACACAAAGGACAUGUUCCUCGAUCUUGCAGUUGGUUGUGGAUCAGUCAUUUGCUGCCGUUCUUCACCCAAGCAGAAAGCUCUUGUGACUGGGCUUGUCAAAACCGGAACGGGUAAGGUCACAUUGGCAAUUGGUGAUGGCGCGAACGAUGUGGGCAUGAUUCAAGAGGCAGAUAUUGGUGUUGGGAUCAGCGGUGCUGAAGGAAUGCAGGCUGUCAUGGCAAGCGAUGUUUCCAUCGCCCAAUUCCGCUUCCUGGAGCGUCUGCUACUUGUCCAUGGGCAUUGGUGCUAUAGCAGGAUCUCAUCAAUGAUUUGCUACUUCUUCUACAAGAACAUCACGUUUGGUGUGACCUUGUUCCUGUACGAUGCGUACACAUCGUUUUCAGGCCAGCCUUUCUACAAUGACUGGGCAAUGGCGUGCUUCAACGUCUUCUUCACGUCGCUGCCUGUGAUCGCCAUGGGCGUCUUCGACCAAGACGUUUCUGCUCGAUUCUGUCUCAAGUUCCCGAUGCUGUACCAGGAGGGCCCUCAAAACCUUCUGUUCCAGUGGCGAAGGAUCAUUGGAUGGAUGUUGAACGGCGUGGCCAGCGCUGUGAUCAUCUUCUUCCUCAGCACGGCGUCGCUGCAGCACCAGGCGUUCCGCAGCGGCGGGGAGGUGUCCGACAUGGCGACGCUGGGCGCCACCGCCUACACGUGCAUCGUCUGGGCCGUCAACCUCCAGAUGUACAUCACGGUGAGCUACUUCACCCUGGUGCAGCACGUGUGCAUCUGGCUCAGCAUCGCCCUCUGGUACAUCUUCCUCCCCGUGUACGGCGCCAUCAGGCCCAGCUUCUCGACCACCUACUACAUGGUGUUCGUGGAGGCGCUGGCGGGCGCGCCGUCCUACUGGGUGGUCACCCUGCUGGUGACCGCCGCCGCCCUCGUCCCCUACUUCACCUACGCCGUCGUCAAGUCGUGGUUCUUCCCGGACUACCACAACAGGAUCCAGUGGCUGCGCCACAGGGAGAAGGCAAAGGCCCACCAUGACCCGGAGACCAGCGCCGACGUGGAGCUCAGUCAGGUCCUGCGCCAGUUCUCCGUGCGCUCCACCGGCGUUGGUGUGUCGGCUCGCCGUGACGCCACGGCGGUGCAUCGUCGCCUCAACAGCACGACGCAGCAUGUGGAUUAUUCACAGUCACCCACCCCAGGUGUCGUCGUCGUCACAACAGAUCGAUGA